AACAGGGAAAUUGUUAUCCAUAAAUCUCGGGAGUUACUAUUUGUCGCCUUAGUAUUUUAAAUUUUAACGCCCUAAAUUUAAAAAUAGACACAUUUACCCCUUUAUAACCUAAAUCACAAAUGAAGCAAAGUGGCGGUGGUUGUUGGCUAGCGGAUCCAGAGGUGGCCGGCCGUAAACGCACAUUAACGCUAGUAUUAUCGGAGUGCGAUAGUGGAAUCAAUUUGGGCGUUGCCGUUGAUUAUUAACAUAGUUAUUCCGCGAGCAGUUGGAACUGGGAUCGGGGCAAUCAAAUCAUUAAUCAUGAUCAUAAUGGUGGCUGAAUUGGUCCACGAGGAUGACAAUAAAAUUGACAGAAUGGCGUCGGGUUCGGAAGCAGUUAUCGAGGGACUAUCGACUGAGUUUUGAGAGACGGUGAAUUAGUUCUGACUAGCCAGAGAAAGGAACCAGAGGGCGACGCUGCCGAGGAAGACAAAGGGUGGCGGCGCUACGGGGGAAGACAGAGGGCGGAGGCAAACCAGAGCAGAGCGAUGCGGCGAGAUGGAGCAAAAGGCGGCGGCGCUAACGAGGAAGAUAGAGGGCGGUGACGAACUCUGGGAAGAGAGAGGGUAGUGGCGAGUAGGAGUAGAGGACGGCGGCGGCUUACCGGGGAAGACAGUAUUAUUAGGGCGUCAAAUCUAUUCGGCUAACUGAAAAGGGCGUUUAUUGUUGGGGCAAAAUUGUCCAUUCAUUAUACUUAGGGCGAUUUAUUUAAAAAUAUAGGGCGUUAAAUAUAAGUUCAGUAAAGGUAAGAUAGCCUAACAGUAAAGCUGUCGUGACAGUGAAGACUUGAGAGUUGCAGAUCUCAGGUUCGAAUCCAAGCGAGGCUCGUUGGUGUUCCUGGAGGUAUAAGACUGCUGGCGGCGAAGCCCCGUUGGCAUCGAAUUUGAUUGCAAAUGGCCUCCAAAUUUAGUAGGACCCGCUGUCACAAAAUGGGACGUGGGACUGAGUUUCUGAGUAAUAAAAAAAAGGGCAAUGUCUAUUUUUUAUCCAAACCUUUUUCAGAUUAUUUUAUAUUAUCCAAACCUAUCGAAAUACUAUGAAUUAACCAAAUGUUAACUUUUAGUUAGCAAUUUUGUUAGUAAUAUUGACUUGGCAACAUGAUACUGACUUGGAAGAGACUCAUUAAGGUCAACAUUCCAAAAUUUUAGUAUUUUAACUAAGGAAAGAGUUACAAAAUUAUUAACGAUAACGUAAAAAUGGCUAAUAUUUUGAUGCAUUAUGAAAGAUUUGGAUAAUUAAUAAAAUUUUAAUAGGUUUGAAUAAUAUAAAAAAAUUUGAAACAGAUUUGGAUAUAAAAUAGACAUUGCCCUAAAAAAAAUUAAUAAAGUCCUCACCCGAUGUCAUUGUCGAUGCAACCGAAACGCAACAGCUUGUGGAAGCCCAAAACAUGCGAUACAAGCAUUGGGCCAAUCGUGAAAAUUCUGUUAUUCAAAUUGGGCCGAGUUCUCCGAACCCGAUCUGCUCGAAAUGGUGGCAAGCCCAAAUGGCCAAGCCGCCAACGGCAGCUCCUCGCUUAGCAUAAACGGGUGUGCCUCCCUUGCGGCCUGGCCGAUGCCGAUAGGCGAUAGUUCACAGUUCUUAUGUCUCUUCCCGCUCUCGGCUGCUCGUUCUCCUCACCCAGAAACAGCAUUCGGAGAAUUAAGGGUGUCAACUCUUCAAGCGUCGAAGUCUGAAUUACCCACCAACCCUCUUCUGUCUUCUCUCGAUCUUUGUUCUCUGGGUGAUCCCAUUGGUCUCGCCUUCCGUCAAUGUCGUUUCUCUUCAUCCCUCGUCGAACUUAUUCGGCAGCUCUCACUGCGCCUUUCUCUUGUUCCAAUUCCCAGAUAUCCUAUUUCGCCCGUUGUGGCCAAAUCGAUAGAGCUCGUCAGGUUUUCGAACAGCUGCCGGAUAAAACAGUAGUGUCUUGGAAUGCAAUUGUGGCUGGUUACUUCCAGAACAACGAACCGAGGGAGGCUCGGAAGCUGUUCGAUCAUAUGCCCGAGAGAAAUACUAUUUCUUGGAACGGCUUGAUUUCUGGUUAUGUUAAGAAUGGAAUGACUUGGGAAGCUAGGGAAGCGUUCGAUAAAAUGCCUGAGAGGAAUGUGGUUUCGUGGACUGCUAUGCUCAGGGGCUAUGUGCAGGAGGGUAUGAUUGAGGAGGCAGAACGUUUGUUUUCUCAAAUGCCUGUGAGGAAUGUUGUUUCUUGGACCGUUAUGAUUGGUGGGUUGAUUGAAGAUGGGCGUGUUGAUGAAGCUCUAAAGCUGUUUUAUGUGAUGCCCGUUAAGGAUGUGGUUGCGAGGACCAAUAUGAUUGGAGGGUUGUGUUAUGAAGGAAGGUUGAAGGAAGCAAGGGAGAUAUUCGAUGAGAUGCCUGAGAGAAAUGUCGUUGCUUGGACGACUAUGAUUAAUGGAUAUGUAAUCCAUAACAAGGUGGAUUUAGCUAGGAAGUUGUUCGAAGUGAUGCCUGGUAAGAACGAGGUGACGUGGACUGCAAUGUUGAUGGGAUAUACGAGGAGUGGACGGAUUGAGGAAGCUGCAGAACUCUUCGACGCAAUGCCUUUCCAGUCAGCUCCGGCUUGCAAUGAAAUGAUUAUGGGUUUCGGACAGGAUGGUCAGGUGACUGAAGCUAGACGGGUAUUUGAUCAAAUGACAGAGAAAGAUGAAGUGCCAUGGAGUUCAAUGAUCAAGGUCUAUGAGAGAAAAGGUUUUGAACUGGAAGCACUUGGUCUGUUUCGGUUGAUGCAACUACAAGGAAUUAGACCAAACUUCCCAUCAAUGAUCAGUACCCUCUCUGUUUGUGGUAGUCUGGCAACUCUAAAUCAUGGCAGAGAGGUGCACGCACAGCUGGUGAGAUCCCUAUUCGAUUGUGAUGUUUAUGUCUGCUCGGUUUUAAUCACGAUGUAUAUGAAGUGUGGAGAUCUUGUAAAUGGUAAACGGGUAUUUGAUCGGUUUACCUCCAAAGAUACUGUUAUGUGGAAUUCUAUCAUAACUGGUUAUGCACAACAUGGCCUAGGAAAGGAAGCAUUGCAGGUGUUUUAUGAUAUGGUAUCUUCAGGUGUACCUCCAGAUGAAGUCACCUUUAUUGGGGUUCUCUCAGCAUGUAGUUACACUGGAAGGGUAAAAGAAGGGCUUCAACUAUUCGAGUCGAUGAAAUCAAAGUAUCUGGUAAAUCCCAAAACUGAACAUUAUUCUUGUGUGGUUGAUCUGCUUGGUCGAGCAGGAAAACUGAACGAGGCAAUGAACUUAAUUCGAGACAUGUCGGUGGAAGCAGAUGCUUGUGUUUGGGGUGCUUUACUAGGUGCAUGUAGAAUCCACAACAGGCUCGAUAUGGCUGAAGUUGUUGCAAAGAAACUUUUACUGCUUGAGCCUGAAAAUACCGGGCAUUAUAUCUUACUCUCAAAUAUUUAUUCAUCUCAAGGUAGAUGGAGAGACGUUGCAGCAUUGAGAAGUAACAUGAGAGUACAGUCAUUGUCGAAAUCUCCUGGGUGCAGCUGGAUUGAAGUGGAGAAGAAAGUUCAUACGUUCACUGGAGGGGAUAUCACGUCUCAUCCCGAGCAUGCAGUUAUAUUGAGGAUGGUUGAGAAAUUAGAUGGGCUUAUAAUAGAAGUUGGAUACAGCCCCGAUGGUAGCUUUGUGUUGCAUGACGUUGAGGAAGAGGAGAAGGUUCACAACUUACGUCAUCACAGUGAGAAACUUGCUGUCGCAUACGGAAUCUUGAAGGUGCCAACAGGUAUGCCUAUCAGGAUCAUGAAAAACCUCCGGGUUUGUGGUGACUGCCACGCUGCCAUCAAGUUGAUAGCUAAAGUGACUGAGAGAGAGAUUGUCCUAAGAGAUGCUAAUAGGUUCCAUCAUUUUAAGGAUGGUUCAUGCUCUUGUGGGGACUACUGGUAAGUGGGCUAACGAAGCAAUGAACUUAAUCCGAUACGUGUCGGUGGAAGCCGAUGCUUGUGUUUGGGGUGCUUUACCAAGCGCAUGUAGAAUCCAAAACAGGCUCAACAUGGAUAAAGUUGUCUCAAAGAAAGCUUUACUACUUGAGCCUGAAAAUUCCGGGCCUCAUAUCUUGCUCUCAAAUAUCUAUUCAUCCUAGAUGGAGAGACGCUGAGAAGUAAUAUGAGAGUACAGUCAUUGAUAAAAUCGCCUGGAUGUAGCUGGAUUGAAGACGAAAAGAAAGUUCAUAUGUUCACUGGAGGAGAUAUCCUGUCUCAUCCCAACCAUGCAGUGAUGUUGAGGAUAGUUGAUAAAUUAGAUGAGAUAAGAGAAGCUGUAGGUAUAGCCCCAAUGGUAGCUUUGUGUUGCAUGAUGUUCAGGAAGAGGAGAACGUUCAUAUCUUACGCCGUCAGUGAGAAAAGGUAUGCCAAUCAGGAUCAUGAAAAACCUCCGGCUUUGUUGUGAUUGCCAAUCUGCCAUCAAGUUGAUAGCUGAAAUGACUUGGCGAGAGACUGUGCUAAGAGAUGCCUACAGAUUCCCUCAUUUUGCAUAUGGUCCGUACUCUUUUGGGGACUACUGAUAAGCGCUUUAUAACUUGAAGCUGCUGAUCCUUCAAUGAAAUCAUGGAAAUGUG